CCCUAAUAAACAAUAUACGAUUAAUCGAUGUGCAACACGCAUUUUUUGUGUUAUUCCAAUUAAAAGUAUUUUUUUAGGAAGAAAGUACCAAUCACCACCUGUGAUACGACCUCAAAAACAUCGAUCUUCAAUUUUAAUCGAGCAUUUCAAACAAAAUAAAUUAUUGAAAAUGAGUGAUAAACCAAAGGCUGGUGGAAGUGGAAAUCAAGGCGAAAACAAAGAAAAACGCCGAAAGGAAUCGAUUUUGGAUCUCAGCAAGUAUUUGGAAAAGACGAUCCGUGUAAAAUUUGCUGGCGGCCGUGAAGCAAGCGGCGUUCUGAAAGGGUACGAUCCAUUGUUGAAUUUGGUGCUGGACAACACACAGGAAUAUUUGCGUGACACCGAAGAACCAUAUAAAAUGUGCGAUGAUACCCGUAGUUUGGGUUUGGUUGUAUGCCGUGGCACAUCUGUUGUACUGAUUUGUCCGCAAGACGGUAUGGAAUCCAUUCAAAAUCCGUUCGUCACGCAAGACGCGUAGUUAUCUCUCUCACAUUGUGAAUUAAAUUCAAAACAAAUAAUUAAAUUAAAAAUAAAAUACGCUCUCCGUUGAUUUGGAUAAGUAAUGAUAAAUAAAUCGAACAUUUAAUGAAGGAAACAAGUUUUAAAUAAAAAAAACUAAUUCUACUCAAA